AAAAAAAAAAUGGCCACGAGUGUUGCCACGACUAAAUGGUAUGUGCUAGUAACCUUUGGUGGAUCCAAAUGUUUUCAUCAUUCAACUGUUAUCCUUAUAAUGCAUAAUCUGCUCUCAAAAAGUUACAUAUAUUCAGCUUUCGGAUGAAAUUUCAAGAUGAACCUAAAAUGUAAUGUAGUUUUACUCAAUUUGACCUUCUCUAAACUUUUCAGUGGGCACGGCCAACUCUUCAAUGUUUCGGGACUCAAAGUUGAGAGAAGGGGGACAUCAGCUCAAACGUCUUGGAGAACUUCACAACCUUAGAGGACACAUCACGCUUCAUUUCAAACGGCCUCACCGGUGACUCGAUGUCCUCAAGAAGAAGUACAGAGCAGCGUUCACACUGCAGGAGGGUCAACGCUCGCUGCAUGAUCUUCCUCACGAUCUUCUCCAAAUCGGUCUGCUCCUCAAACAGAUCGUUGACCACUUCCAGUAAAGCCUGAGGCAGUAGAAGGAGAUUGAUAGGAUCACGCACCCUGCUCCUUUCGUACUCCUUGCGAGACUCAGAAAACAACUUGGCAUUGGAGAUGGAUAUUCCACAGAAGGUCGUUUGGUCGAUCUGGACUCAUCGGAUCCAGGCCCUUCUUUCUUGACCACCUCCUGCUGCACUGUUAAGAAACCCUGUCCGUCAACUGGACAAGGUGGAUUGGCUGCUCGUACCUGUGAAGUUUUUGCAACCAGAUGGAGUCCUCCGCAGUCAACAACAGCGUCAGGCAAACUGUGAGUCACUCUCACAUCAGUGAUGUCACAAAGAAAAGUGAUGCACCCCUCAGUGAUCAGCUCGUUCCAAACCCCACAGAUGUAAAUGUAGUGGAGAAAGCAGCAAAGACUGCGAUUCCAAGAGAACAUCCCUAUGCAUCCCACAUCUCCCGCUUUGAGAUGUUCCCAUCCUUCCGGUCAUCCGGUGAUCAUCGAGCAGGAUUUAGGCCGGCCCUGUUCCCUUUUAUCAGCCCCAUCGUCCCAACUACACCGAAGGUUACUGUACUCAGCAAAACCAAAGGUGGUCCAUACAGACAUGAGAUUUUGGAAAUACCAACAAGGGCAAAAACAGCCAAGUGGCCAGGAGAGAUUAGCUACACGGACCGUCCAAAGCCCGUCAGGGGAGUACGGCACGCCUUGUACGCGGCUCCCACAAGGGCGGUUCUGCCCAACCCCAAAAUUUGUGACGGGGAUUUGACGGCUUCUGACUGGACAAGUAACAUGUUGAGGAGUAUGGAUAGGAUGCAUUGGAUCACUUCUUAUCAGAUGCACUAUCAAGGGUUGCAGCAAGCUUGUAAAAUUGAUGACUUCAGGGAAAAAAUGAGUGAGCCCACUGGGAGGACUUCGCAUUCUGCACCGCUGGGAACAGAGAGGGAUCGGUCUGUUUAUGUGCUGGUUCCUUCGAAACUGAGACAGAGAAGAAGACAGGGGAGAAACACCAAGAGCACUUAUGCUGACAUGUUUUCACCAGCUACAAACCAAGGCGCUACUUCCGCUAGGAUCCAACGUAUCUGUCCGAUGUGUCAGUGCAAUAAAACAACGGGUCCACAGAACGUGGUUUCAGAUCCCUCACGCGCCGUGAGUGGUGGGACAGAAGCCACCGAGUCAAAUCAAGCGGAGAGCAAGGAGGCAGCCAAAGUGCAUUUUGAUGAAAGCCUCACGAGGCCUCCCGCGUCGACAAACGAACAAGGCGCCCGACGCAAACUGUCACGGCUUCGCGUGCUGCCCGGCAUCGCACCUGGGGGAAGAGCUGCCGGCAUGAGGGCAGGUGCGGGUGAUGGCCUUCUGGGCCUGCAAGGCAAUUAUUCCAGGACAAACGCCCAUCACAACUUUAACAGCUCCGUCAAAUAUGCUUCUCUGGACUUGAGGGACAAUAUUUUCACUGGCAAGAAACAUAACUUCUAUGGCCUCAACUGUAACAUCAUCCACUGAUAAUCUGGUCAGUCACCGUUUAGCAGCCGCUGUUAUGUUGAAUUCUCCGCAAAAUGUACUAAAAUUCGACUUGAAAUAUUGAACAG